AGCCAAUCCCGCGCUCCCCGGGAGGAAGAGGAGGAGCCAGGGCCCGCGGGCCCCCGCACUGCUCACUCCCGCGCUGCGCCAGCCCUGCAGUCUCCUCCCGGUUCAGCGCUCCGGCUCGCCGACAAUUUCCCUGGUUGCAGACAUGGCCUCGGGUGCCGCCUGCGCGCCGGUGAAGAUUGGAAUAAUCGGUGGAACGGGCUUGGAUGAUCCAGAAAUUUUAGAAGGAAGAACUGAGAAAUAUGUGGAUACUCCAUUUGGCAAGCCAUCUGAUGCCUUAAUUUUGGGGAAGAUAAAAAACGUCGAUUGUGUGCUUCUUGCAAGACAUGGGAGACAGCAUACUAUCAUGCCUUCAAAAGUCAACUACCAGGCAAACAUCUGGGCUCUGAAGGAAGAAGGUUGUACACAUGUCCUAGUGACCACAGCUUGCGGGUCCUUGAGAGAGGAGAUCCAGCCUGGUGACAUGGUCAUCAUCGAUCAGUUCAUUGACAGGACAUCCCUGAGGCCUCAGACCUUCUAUGACGGAAGUCACUGCAGCGCCAGAGGAGUGUGCCAUAUCCCAAUGGCUGAACCUUUUUGCCCCAAGACAAGAGAGGUCCUCAUAGAAACAGCCAAGAAGCUUGGUCUUCGAUGCCAUUCCAAGGGAACAAUAGUCACAAUUGAAGGGCCUCGUUUCAGCUCUCGGGCAGAAAGUUUUGUAUUCCGUACUUGGGGUGCAGAUGUUAUCAAUAUGACUACGGUUCCAGAGGUGGUGCUUGCUAAGGAGGCUGGAAUUUGCUAUGCGAGCAUUGCCAUGGCAACCGAUUAUGAUUGUUGGAAGGAGCAUGAAGAAGCGGUGUCAGUGGAUGGGGUUUUAAAAACUAUGAAAGAAAAUGCCAACAAAGCCAAAAGCUUGCUCCUUACCACCAUACCGCAAAUAGGGUCGAUGGAAUGGUCAGAAACCCUCCGAAACCUGAAGAACAUGGCCCAGUGUUCUGUUUUACCACCAAGACAUUAACACAGCAUGGCUGCCACAAGGAGACUUAUGAAUUCUAGUCUUUGGGGGACUUUGCUUAAACAAAAGCGGGAAAGAUGUGUGGCCUUCGUGUCUUCGCCUGGAAAGAAGAGCGUGUGGUGAGAGAGACAGUGCACUUCGUCAAGAUACCAACUCCUCCAGAAGCCAGAAGGAAAGCAGUGGCCUGCAGGAAUGUAAGGGAACAAAGCCCAAAACCUUGUCAAUCAUGUCUCCUACUUAACUGACAGCAAAGGCUGGUGAGAACAUCUAUUUCCCUACUCUGCUAACAAAUGACUGAGCUUGAAAUGGGACUGUAUGCUUGUAUCUUGGCACCAUCUUCCCACAAGGCAAUUUGGUACAAUGCAUCUGAGGCUGAAAAAUACUGGAUGCACUAGGAAUUUCUCCUUAAGAAGUUAUGGGAAGUUUCGUGUAAUCUCGAAAAACUAAAUAGAUGUACCAAUCAAGUGGAAAUCAUGAUCACUUCGUGCUAUGAAAUGAGGGGGAAAUGGUAUAAGCAUUUAUGAUACUGGGUUUUUGUUUUAAAUGGUGUGAAAAUGUACAAAAAAAAGACAAGAAGGCAAUAUACAUAAUCCUGCUGCUGUGUUUGUGAAAAGAUGCUAGAUAGUUCUUUUUUUUUUUUAAUCUUUUUCUCUACCUUUUUUUUAAGUAAGUAAUCAAAUAAUAAAGUUGUAAAAUUUGAAAUGGACUUAGAGAAGUCAAGUUCUUUGAAACGCUGUGUGUGAUUCAGGAUAUACAAGCCAAAUUGUGCACACACCCCUGUGUGCAUGCACUCAACAAAAAAAAAAAAAAACAAAAAAGAAAAAGUGUUGUGUGACUGAGAAACUUGUAUGUUUGCUUCAGAAAGAUCCUGGAUCAAACUACCAUUUGUUUCCACUCCUGUUUAAGAGCUGAUACAUUAUCGGUUGGCUGUGUUUUGUUUUGAAACGGGAAGGAAGGAAGAAGCAUGGCAUUUAGUUACAGAAUGCUUUCUAUUGUCUUCCAUGAGCAAUCAUAGUCUUUUCCUCAAGUUACUGCUGUUAGAGGUGCCCUGGGGCUCUUGCAAAGAGUGUGUAAGCUGAGUGUGCCUGUGUCUGAAAUUACUUAAAGUGAGCUGCUGACUGUAAGCACUGCUUGAACCAGUUGCACCAGCCUUCCUGCUGCGCCCCUGGGGAACUGUGGUUGUAACAUCUGGCCCGUAGAGCAGCGCUUCCAGCCCUGGUUAUUAGCAAUCCAUGGGGACUCCGCGGGUCCUGCUGACCAGGGCUCUUGGUUGUUUUUGCUUUGCUGCAGUGUGGACAGAACUUCAUUCACUCUUAGGAGCCCUCUGAGAGUGUCAAGUUGGGGAGUGGGCGUUUGUCUCGUUGCCUUUAGAAAAUGUGGUUCUCUCCAACAUGGAGAAGUGGUUUUCUUCAGUGGCCUUUCCUAGUUAGCAUCGUCAUAUGCAGGCUUCUUUUCUUAAUCCUUCAUUGUGACGAAAAUUGAAUAUAAUCACUUAUAAGAUACACCUUCUUAGCUAUUGUAAGUGGCAUUUAAAAUACAUUUGUACUGCAUUGUUUCUUAGUGUGUAAUCACUGCAAAACUGUGUAUUAUUUGUCAUUAUCUCAUACAUAUCACCUACAUUGUCAUUUAUCCCACAUUAUUUUCUCUUGUGCUCCCCUACCUCCUUCCUCCUCCCAAAUAAUGCCCCUCCUACUUGAAAGUCAUACACACCAAAUCUCCUUAUUUUGGCUGUUCUGAAUAGUGUUUCAAUAAACAUAUGUUUCGAGACUUCUCAAUCGA